AGCUUGCAAGGUAAAGUUACCAUCUCAGCAGUAAUAUUGCCAUGAAUACCACCCAAAUACUGCAAAAAAAUAUAUAGCAUUAUCUAUCAAACUAAGCAUUAGAAGACAGAGGGAUAAUCCUCUAAUGAAAAUUUGAAAAUGGGGCAUGAUACGAAUUUAUUGCCGAGACAUUUUUGCCGAUUGAUGAAAACAAUCGAUAGCUUCAGUAAUCACCAGGCGAAGAUCACGAACUACGAGGAUAACAUGGAGGAGUUUGAGCUUCAAAUUACCCCGACUGAUGGGGCUUAUAGAGGAGGACAAUUCAAAUUUUCAGUUAGAACUACGGACUACCCUAAUGUUGCCCCUUCAAUAAAUUGUAAAACUAAAAUCUACCACCCGAAUAUGGAUGGAUACGAUGGGGUAUGCAUGAGUUUGCUUGACGAUUGGCAAGCCAGUAAUGAUUUGGAAGACUUGGUUCAAGGACUGCUGUUUUUGUUUUAUAACCCGAAUCUUGAGGACCCUCUUAGUUCGUUGUUUGAAGAAGAAUCAGAAGAGGAAUACGAAUAUGGGAGCUUUGAGGAAAAUGUUCGAGCUUCACUUGAAGGAAAAACUGUCGCAGGAGAGAAUUUCCAAAGAGUUCUCUGUGAAAAUGAGGACACUCAAUCAAAAGAGCCGAAAAACAUCAAAGACAUCAUAAUCAAAGACAAUAUGAAGAAGUGUGGAAAAGAGAUUGAUUUUGAAGUAGUGAACAUUUACAUGCCAGAUAUGAGUGUUGCAUGGCUCAGGGUAAAACCUGCCACUGGAUAACAUGCAUUGUUGUCCCCCCCCCCCCCCCCCCCCUCCCCAAGCGGUGUAAACAAAAAAAUGACUUGUUGUAGGUAUAGCAGAGCUCACCUAAAUGAGCAUGCACAUAUAAGGGAUACCCGCCACUAAAACCACCUUUAAUGUGCAAAAAACAUUGGUCCCAACUAGUCCAGUUUAUGAGCAUUGUACUGUAUUACUCACCAUGAAUUGCGCUGUGUUAUAUAUAACAAUAAAAUAAUCAGACAAUAAAAAGUCAGACAACAAAAUUAAAUAAAAAAUGUCAAAAUCA